AUGAGUGGAUUAGAGAAUCAAUUAAACUUAUGCUCUUUAAAUGAUAUAGAUGAUGUUCUUUUAAAUAUCACUAGACUUUUCUUAGAAUUUUUAAUCGUUAAAGAUUCUUUGGAACUUCUUUUAGAUAUGAUAACAAGAAAAAAAAGAAAUCUUCAUCACUUAUCAAUAUCAAAUAAUAAUCAUAUAAAAUUUCAUGCUGCCUUAAUUAAACUUCUAGAAUCGCAACAAUGUUUGAAAACUCUUGAAAUUCCUGCUUUAUGGACUUCCGAGAAUUUAUCUUUAUUUCUUAAUAUUUUUCAUAAAAUUUCCCAUUCUUUAAUUUCAUUAAAAAUAUCAAAUAGUAUUAAAUGUGUUACUUUGUUUUCGUUAAUAAAUAUUUUACAUAAUUUAAGAAAAUUUGAAUCACUUUCCCUCCAUUUCCAUAAUGAUGAUGAUUUCUUGAAUUCUCCCAUACCCUCCAGUAAAAGUUAUAAACUUGAAGUUUUGAUUUUUACUGAACCAGCUGAUUUAUGGUCUAAUGCUGGUCGAACUUUAGCAGAUUUUUUGGCUGCAAUUCGCUGA